CUUCACCAGCAACUGUUUUUGUUGUUGCAUGUGGGAGAGUUGUAAACACACGUUGUGCUCUAGAAGAAGAAACUCCCAAUUAUUCCCCCGAUUUUCCAAUGGAGACGUCCCGAUUUUUUGUGGCAAAUUUGCCAACCAACACCAAGGAGAAGGAUUUGCGUAAUCUCUUUCAGGACUAUGGAGAAAUAAAAAACAUUGAGCUUAAAACCAAAGAAAAUCUUGUGGAUCCCAAUGAUGUGAAGGUGAUUGCCUUUGUGACUCUAAAUAUUGGACAGGACGAUGCCCAGUAUUGUUUAAAGGAUCUAAACUGGCAAAAGAUCUAUGGCCAACAGAUCAAGGUAUCCUUGGCCAAAGAGUCAUUUUUGGAACGUUUGAAAAGGGAACGUGAAGAAGCCAAGGCGGCCAGCGAUGGCAACCAAUUGAUGGCCCCUAAAUCUGUGGAGGAACAAUCUGAAUUGUUAAGUGCCCCCAAAUCAAAUAAAAGGAAAAUAUUUGAUGUUGAUGCUGAAUUGGACGAUGAUGAUGAUGUGCCGGCAGACUUAAUGAUUACCAAGAAGAGGGCUGCCAAUUCUUUGUACAAUGGCAAAAUUGUUAUACAACAAGAUCAAGAUGUUCAGCCCAUCCAUGUUAUUGAGGCCAAAAAAUCGAAGACGAAAACUCAAGCGCAAUUGGAUGACAAAUCCAUGAGUGCUGAUCAAAAGCGAAAGGAAUCUUUGAAUAAAAUGAAAAAUCAAUAUCAGCAACAGAAGUCGGCUAUACAACAGGCCUUGCAGGGAAUGGAUUCCAGUCAAAAAUCGAAAAAAAUUAAAUUCAGUGAUGCUGAAAGUGAUACAGAGGAGUCAAAAGUCCCCGUGGAGGUAUCAAAGAAAUUAAAAACCAAUAUUUUUGGUUCCGAUGACGAAGAAGGGAAUGAAAAUAUUGAAUUCAAAGCAUUGCCUUCGGGGAAAAAGGGAGAAAAACUAUUAAAAAUGCAGGCCCAUCAAAGUUUGGAUCCACGUUUCCGCAUCGAUGCCAAAUUUGUUGAAGGCGAUGAUGAUGAGGAGGAGGAAGAAGUGGAAGAUCAAAAAGAUUCUGCUGGAAAAUCUGAAGACAAUGAAAGAGAUUGGCAAAUGAAUAUUUUGGAACAGGUGGUUGGCACUAAAUUGGAUUCAGGGAAGAGGCCAGAAAAAGACCACAAAAACAAGAAAAUGUUGCGUUAUGAUCCCUCCAAAGAUGAACAUCAGAAAUUUGAACGUUCCAAAGAGGAACAAGUUAAGAAAACUAAACCAACAAAAACAAAAGACACCUCAACAGAAGCUGCCACCGAAACUCCUGCACCUGAAGUUUCAAAAGAAGUAUUCUAUGUGGUCAAGGAUAGUCUGCAAGAAUCUUUGCGGACACGCGGUGAAGGUUUCAGUUUACUGAGCAUGUUCGGACAAAAUGAUCAACUCGAGGAACGCGAUGAAAAACUCAAACAAUUGGGUAGCGAAAAGAUUUUAGUCAACAAUAAAUUGGAUAAAUUGUUUACGCCCGCUGCUAAUCCCUUCUCCUAUGACUCCUCGUCAGAAUCAGAGUCGGAGGAAGUGCAGGAGGAACAGGAAACUGCCAAGGGCAAAGAGAAUGAAACGCAAAAUACAAAGAAAACAAAGAAUAAAACGAAAAUUGCCAUCGAAUCAUUUUUCAUACCCAAAACGGAUGCUCGUCUGAAGGAGGGUGCCACAUUCUUUAUUUACAAGAAGACAGAUGAGGCUGCUGCAACUGAGGAGAAUUACAUGGAAGUUCGAGAGAAGCUAAAGAGAAUUAUCAAAACAAAAAUAGCAAAGACUAAAAAUAGUUUAGCCAAAUCUGGCUAUAAAAUCAAGAAGAAGGUGCAUUAAUAAUUUUUCCUUUGUUUUUUAGUUGUUAAUGUUUACAUUUAAAUGUAAUUAAU